GUCUUCGUGUUUCGUAAACAAGAACUUGUUUUUUUCCAAUUUCCAUGUCAAUCUGAAUCAUAAAAUUCACUGUCGUUUUAAAAAUUGAAUAAUUCUUUAAAUUUCAAAAUGAAUGAAGUAUUCGUUUUAUAUUCCUUGAUCUACACCAUAAUAACAUUUUGUUUCGUAUACAAAACAGAUCUAUUCAUCAGUGUCGGAUUGACAGUUGAGAACCUGUUCGAUUCUUACCUAGGUAGAGAACAUGACAAUUUUAUCAUGUAUCAUAUAAAAAAAACCUGCAUAACCAAGAUCCUUCACCUCUCCAUACCGCUGGGAUUCUUCACUGGUUUGAGUAUAUUCAAAGCUCAGAAGUACUUCGUUCUGUUACUCGGCGAAAUAUCCUGGCAGCUGAUUCUUCUCGGUAGUUUAUCUAUACCAGUGUACGCUCUAUUUGAGUUAAUAUUCCAAUACCAGCAGGACUGGAGCACGCAUCAUAUCGUAAAGAAAUUAAAACUAUUUCAAAAUGAUCGUAUGACUUCGUGGAAAGCAGUGAGCCAUUCGAUUAACGAAGAAUAUAAAUUAUCCGACAAAACUAUAUUACACUGCGGUAAUAGAAUGAAAUUAGUGUUAACGAGAAAUUGGAUAGUUAAAGUUGGCACAUAUGAUCUCGAUCUCGCUCAUCAAAAUGAUGCCCGUCUCAUAGUGUGUAGCGCCGAUACACACGAUACUGGUAGUAAUGGAUACUCAACGGUUGUACAGUUUAUCAAUGUGAAAAUCAUCUAUUCCAAUGAUACGCGAGAUUUCCUAGUUAGAUUGCACGCGUUCGACUUCAAAGAUCUCAAAGAAGCUGUUCACUGUCCAAUUACUGUAUCAGAAAACGUUACAUUUUAUCAAACCAAAGUUGAAGAAUUUCUAGAAAUAUUUAAAGAUCUCGUAAAAAACAAUCCAACAUUCGAAUUCACCGGAGAAGAGAUUGAAAUGUGUAUCGGUUGUAUGACAUCUGAAGCGAACGUUAAACUAGUAAAGCACUGCAACGACAUCAGUACCAACGAACCAGUCAACGGGGCUCCUGAACCGAAAUGCGUGUCCUGUAAAUGUAGACCUUUGUGGUGUAUCGAUUGUAUGGGUAAAUGGUUUGCUUCGAGACAAGAUCAGACGUUAACUGAAACGUGGUUAUCUUCGAAAUGUCCUUGUCCAGUAUGCCGAAGUACGUUUUGCAUGUUGGACGUAUGUCCUGUAAUUAAACCUGAUAGAAAUUAAAUUUCAACGUGAUUCUUUUAGUAUAUAGCGUGAUAUUUUUACCUUGCGAUGUUGACUUGUUUAAAAAUAAGCUAGAUUUUUUUAAGUACCUGUUUCUACUACGUAUAUUGUAUUACAAGCUGAUUUCAAUCUCUGGUCGUAAGCCGAUGCAUUUCAAAGUUAAUACUCGGUUUGUGUUUUAUCUUCCUUCGUGUUUUGCAUUUUAAUUCAAUUUCAAUUGAGUAAUCGCUUAUUUUGUCUCAUUGCUUUUAUCGAUUCUAAUAUUUUAUAUUCAUUCACGUUAAAAACAUAACACAAGUGUGACAUUUGCUUUGCACUAUAAAUUUAUUUUUGUUAUUUUUUUUCUACGAUACUAAGACUGAUGAUAGUUUCGUAUUACUUAUUUUCUAAGUUCUACAUUCCUAGUUCUCGAUCUAAGCUCUGAUGUAUUACCGGUGAAAUCUGCGAUCUCUUUUGCUAUUUCCGCGCCAUAAAUCAGUAGGUAAUAGUUACUAUAUGAUCGGUUCAACAUAAAUGUGAAUUAACGAAUUAAUCGAUAUGGGUUUUUCUUCUAUUUUUCUUUAAGUGUUUUAUAUAUUUUAUUAUUUUAUUGAACGAUUUUAGAGUUAUGCUUUCGUCGAGUAAUUGAUUCUUAUACCUUUCUGUUUGAUUUUAAUUCCGAUUGUUACUAAUGAUUUUUUUUUCAAACUGUAAAAUAAAAUAUUGUUUUGUUUACGAAACUUUUUACUUUUCAUAUCACGGUGAUAUCGAAUAUCGGUUUCCAAUGAUACGAUUUCGAGUGUGUAAUGUUAUUAAACAACAUACGAACACCACAAUAUAAUUUAUUGCUUAAUAAUUGCUUUACACGAUCUAUUUAUACAUAGCUUAGUAGGUAGGUACAUAGCGAAUCAUUUUUUUAAAACAUAAUUUCACACAACAUACGAGGAAAAUAAUCUGGUGGGCUAAUCCAAUUUCAAAACUACGGUAACCAAUUAUCAAAUAAUUCCAGCUACAUUUUUAUUCACACGCGUUCAGAAAUAUUAUAUGUAGUAUUACGUAAUUACACGAGAAUGUAUUUAUCACGGAUCGUUCGAGAUUGUUACGAGAAGGAGAGAAAUAAAAACAGCGAAA